GACGUACGGAGAGGAAGGUUGUUUCUGCUACUCUGGUUGUCAGGUUGUUGUAAUUUCCAAUGUUCCACAAGUGUAUUUUCUCAGAGAGAGGUACUAACGCGAACAUUUGACGUGUUUGUCAACGCGCGGUUCCAAGUGACAGCGGCAAUGAUUCGCAAGGUGUGCGCAUGUGUCGAGACGUCAGUAUCGGGAUAACUGUUGUGGUUGGUGGUGGUCCACCCAGUUGGCGAGGUGAAAAUGUCGCUUCAGCAUCACCGGUAUCUACUUUUGGUCCUGGCUCUGACGUCACUGUGGCCUUGUAUCCACGCCGAUUUCCGUUUCAUCUCGUACGAAGAUCUGCUGCCGAAGGCCGACCGCUUCACCGAUUCCGGAGUGACGUCCUUCUCUCAGCUCCUGUUCGACGUGUCCAGGGAUCAGAUUGUCGUCGGGGCGAGGGACACGCUGUACCGUCUGUCUUUGAUGGAGCUGACGCAGUUGGAGAAGGCGCCAUGGCUGGCGCCACCCGAGAAGGUGGAGCUGUGUCAGAACAAGGGUCAGGCCGAGACGAGUUGCCACAACUUCGUCAAGGUGCUCCUGGCAAGCGGCAAGAGGAUCUUCACGUGUGGCACAAACGCCUUCUCGCCACAGUGCUCCUGGAGGAAGAUCGAGAAUGUCAACAACGUGCUAGAGUUGGUGCGAGGGGUUGCCCGCUGCCCCUACAGUCCCGAAGCCAACGUGACUGCACUGCUGACUCGCUCGGGACAUUAUUUCGUCGGAAGUCCCAUGGAUUUCUCCGGAGCUGACCCAGCUAUAUCCCGGAGUCUGACCGGAGUUUCCGGCUCCACUCUCCGGACGAAGCAGUUCGACAGCAAAUGGCUUAACGAGCCCCAAUUCGUCGGCUCUUUCGAGACUUCCGACUUUGUCUAUUUCCUGUUCCGGGAGAGCGCCGUUGAGUAUAUCAACUGUGGUAAGAUCAUAUACUCCCGCAUUGCUCGCAUUUGUAAGAAUGACAGUGGUGGACAGCUGAUGUUGAGGGACAAUUGGACCACUUUUGUGAAGGCACGCCUCAACUGUUCUAUCCCAGGGGAGUAUCCAUUCUACUUUGAUGAGAUACAGGGAAUGGCAUAUGUGGAGUCAGAGGAUAUGGUGUAUGCCACAUUCACUACACCCAGCAACAGCAUCCCAGGAUCAGCUAUCUGUGCCUUCAACAUGUCCUCCAUAGAUGCUGCCUUCUCUGGACCAUUCAAACAUCAGGAACACCCUGGUUCUGCAUGGGAACGCCACGUUUCACCACACAAGCAUCACUUUGAAUGCCAGUCAACUUCACCCCAGAGCCAUUCCCACCAACUACUGGACUCGAACCGGUACCAACUGAUGGACAGUGCGGUCCAACCGGCCACGCUUCAGCCUUUGUAUACAGGACGUUUGGAGACACUGACCCAUGUUGCUGUCCAUGUAUUGCCCACAAAACUGCACCGUGCUCUCCACGUGAUUUAUGUGGCUACAGCUGAUGGCCUGAUUAAGAAAAUAUCAGUGUUGCCGAGAACACAGGAGACGUGUGUUGUGGAGAUUUGGAAACCAUUUCCAGGAGACAGUCCCGUUGCUAUCAAAACUCUUCACUACCUCAGAGAGACGGACUCUGUGUACAUUGGCACAGAGGACAGUGUGAUGCGUGUACCAGCGCAGCACUGUGGCAGGUUACACAGCAGAGUGGCAUGUCAGAAUGCCAUGGAUCCAUACUGCGGAUGGAAUGAACUGAAAGAGCAGUGCACGCCAGCACCAAACCAUGACCCUCUGUCAAACUACUGGAAGCAGAGUGUUACGCAGUGUCCUGUACUUACAGACCCUGUGGAUGGUGGGUGGAGUAGCUGGUCAAGUUGGUUCCCUUGUUCUCACCAAACUGACCCAGAAUCAGGGCCCGGAGAAGAUCAGUGCCGCUGCAGGUCGAGACAGUGUAAUAACCCACCACCCCAAAAUGGCGGCGCACCUUGUGUUGGAAUUGCAGUAGCUGUUACCAACUGCACAGUACAUGGGGGAUGGACAGCCUGGUCCAGCUGGUCUGCCUGUUCCCAGAGUUGCGGUUUAGCUGUGAAGACGCAGCGACGGACAUGUGGCAAUCCCGCACCAGCACAUGGUGGAAGAGUAUGUGUUGGGCAAGACCGCAAUGAAAUCUACUGCACUUCAAACCCACCAUGCCCAGCAAUGACUCUACCUCCACGUGAUGGUCAAUGGGGGUCAUGGGGCCCAUGGGACGAGUGUUCAGCUCAAUGCGGGGGAGGAUACAGAAUACGCAGGAGGAGAUGUGACAACCCUGCUCCACAGGAUGGAGGCCAAGACUGCCAGGGUUGCCAUUUGGACUAUGAACAGUGCAACACACAUGCUUGUUCCGACACUAAGCGUUUGUCAUCAUGGACGCCCUGGUUGACAGCCAACGUGACAGCCUCAGCUGCUGGACGCACAGAGAAACGGUUCCGAUUCUCCUGCAGGGCCCCUGUGGCUGACCCUGCCCUCAUUAAACUGGGUCAAGCCAAGGAGGAGGAGAGGUUCUGUCAUAAUGACGGAACCUGUCUCCGUACAGGUCGAGGGGAGGCGGAUGAUAUUUGGUCCGAGUGGUCUAACUGGUCAGCGUGUUCUGUAGAGUGUGGCGGAGGUCACCAGUAUCGGACACGGACUUGUGAGGGAAGAGCCGAGGAGUGUGAAGGCCCAUCACAUAUGUCUCGUAAUUGCAACACACAGAAAUGCAGAGGGGAAUGGGGCUGUUGGACAGACUGGUCAGGGUGCUCAGUGACAUGUGGUCAGGGUGUGCGGAGACGGACUCGUCACUGCCUUAGUGCCAGUAAUCAUGGCAGUAUGAGUUCAGGGUGUGAAGGACCAGCUGAAGGGGAGGAGCCCUGUGAAAUGAUCAGCUGUGAAUCAUUGUUUGGUUGGGAAUCAUGGUCAGUUUGGUCACUAUGUGACAACAAUGCAGAGCAACACAGGCGCAGAAAGUGCCUGACAACAAAUCCAGGACCCCACUUUUGUCAGGGUCAUGACCAAGAAACCAGAAUGUGUGUGUUUGCAGGAACAAAUGACUUAAACCCACUUGGGGUUCACAGUGCACCAGAUUCAUCUGGUUCCAGUUCAGCAUCUGUUGGUGUUGUGCUGGGUUCCUGUGUGGCAACAUUUUUGGUUGCUGUUGUUAUGAUGAGUGUUUUGUGUUACUUUUACAUUCGCCACCGUCGCCCAAGGAUACCAGGCAGUCCACACUAUAUGUCGUCUAAGCAGAAUCCAUAUGUCACUGUUCCACUAAAAGAGACUGGCAGCCAUCACCCUAAACGUGCUCUGUCCUCUUCUGCUAGUAGCAGUAAUGGAUCCACACUGGGGUCCCAUAAGGCAUCAAAUGGGGGCACAGGGAUCUCUCUAGGGACACCCAAGUUAUUUUCCAAACCUCUUGUGGAAUAUGAAACAGCUACAAUUAAAAGGAAUAGCCACAGUUUAAAUGGACAUAUUCGGGCGGAUUUAGAUGAGGAUAGGUUCUUUUGAACAUGAUCAUCACAGGAAUGGUCACAAAACCUGAGUUUCAAGUGUUCACAUGAUGCAUGCAUUUUGAAAAUUGUUACGAUUAUGUCAGAAAGACUGCAAAUAUCGACUUAGGUGAUAUGAACUGACAUACUAUGGUGGUGAUAAUGGCAGUUCCAUUUUAUGUUUCUUGUGAAUAUUUGCCAUGCACUGAAGUAUGUGAACAAAAAGAAAAGUUUCUUGAAGAAAUUCAGCACUGGAAGGAAAGUAUGAAAGAGUGAAACAGGGUAGCACUGAAGAGUCAAGUGACUCUGUACACUUCAUUCAGUGCAUGAAAGCUGUGGAGAAUGUGUGUGAAUGAACCAAAAUGAAUAACAGUUCACUGAAAUAUGAACUUGAAUGUCAAGACAUGUUCUGCCUGUGUGCUAGGGAAGUGUGAAAUGUGUACAGGGACAAUUGUGUGCUCGUACCUCAUGUACAAAUAUUAACCAUGUACAGAACAUCACUUUUAAUGCAGCCAUUUUAUUUUUUUUUUAAACAUGUUGUGCAAAGAAGUAACAUUUCACCAUAUUUGUUUGUGGUUUUCAGGAGACAGUCCAUACUGGUGCUAAAUCUGUUGAACAUGCUGAAAUAAGCACAUCAUCGAAUUGGUAAUACAAUAUAAUGAUGUGUUACUAGCAUUUUAAAUAACUUUCUUAAAUUUCAAGCUUUUUUCUGAAGUAAAAGCUGAUAAAAUUCUUAUUUCUACACAAUUACAUAUAUAUGGUUUUAGAAGUUCCUUUAUGAAGUGCCUUAAUCAGUAAGUGUCAGAAUGCAAGUCUCAACAUAAAUCAUGCAUUUGUUUUAUCAUAUUUCAUUCAUUGCCAUUCUUAUAGGAACAGUCUUUUCAUAUGUCAUUUGUUGUCUAUGCUGGAGGGUCAAAAUUACUUAAGGUGUGCUUUUGUCAUGACAACAGAACUGUUACUUGAUGCUUCAUUAUUCAGACUGAAAUCAGGUGGGUGUGAUAGAAUGUGAGUUAACAGAAAUUGAGGAGUGUUUUGAAAUGGGAAUGGUAUAAGAUGGAGAGUAAAUUCGGUCUUUCACAUGACUAAUGUGAACAUUGCUGAACCAAUGAAGAGGGUGGGGUGGAUGCUGGAAGUGGGAAGCUAGUAUCUAAUUGCAAUUAAGUUGAGAUGACAAAUAUCCUGCAGUGAAGAUCUCCAAUCACUUCAUGAUAAAACUGGUAUAUAAGACUUCUCUACCAAAACUCAAAACACAGAAAACUUUAAAUCUUAUUAAUACACUAGACAUAUUCAGGUCUUGGAUAAUAUAUUGAUAUAUUUUGAAGAAUAUUUAAGAAGUAUAUUGCACUGCAAGAAAUUAUUAUUGGAGUAGAAAAUGUGAGGAACUUUGAAUAUGAUGGGCUCCUGCCUUCUCUGGCUAGCAAAAACAGUUUACUGUAUGCUGUAUUAUGUGGUGUUCAUGGACAACUCUUGGAGAAAUUGUGUUUAGUCUUGUUAGGGAAACAUCAUUCCCACUUUCCAUUGGGUACAAUUUUGAACAUGUUGAACUUUGAUAACUUCAUUGCAUGGAAAAUAGUUUAUAAGAUGUGAAUACCUUUUGUGUCCAACAAAGCAAAAAAGAAAUGGAAAAGUGACAUCUCCAUUGCUGGUGAUUUUGAGGUCACCGACAGUGAAAUUUUAAAUGACAGUCCACCCUUAAAAUAAUCACAAAUUCUUGUAGUUUGAUAUAUGUUCUUAUGUCACAUGUACCAUUCUCUGACUACAGCACACUCCCUCUUAAUGUUCAGUUUCAGUGAUCCCAACUGGAAAAUAUUUGUUGAAUGCCCUCUGUUUUUGAUUUUCCUCAGUUAUGUAUUAAAAUUUACUUAUCAAAGAAAUAAUAAAUGGGGGGCUUCACUGUAUGGAAGAAUGUAGGUACUUGGUUUAAAGUGUCUUUGAUGAUGGUGUGACACAUGGAUUAAAACUAUUCUUUUGGACUCUGUCUCCAUUUGAGAGUAGCUGUAACUAAGGACUCGCCAGAAUUCGUUUUUGUUCACGUGACAGUGGAAGUAGAGUUGCUUUCUAAAACCCAGUGGUUUUAGAAAAGUGGGGCAAUUAAUAAGUCCAGAAAAUAACCAUAAUCAAAUGUGAAUACUGCAGUAAUAUAAUUUCCAAAAUUAACAGUAUCUCAAUUUUGUCCACAUCUGGAGACGUUAAGCUCGUGGAGGGGGGUACAGAAUUUUGUUUACUUUCUCCCCAACAGAAAUAGUAUGGACUAAAAUACAAAACUGUAAAAUGUGUGUCCAGUAGGAUAAUGUGUGAAACUUGAAGUUGUCAUGACAAGUAACUGAAGAGUGCAGUCUUCUGGGAUAUGUGCUGAAGACAAAAAUCUUCAAACUUUGCACUGUUUAAUUUGCAUUUAAAUUGCUCAACAUUAUUAAUUGUUUUUAUGCUGUAGAAUAACUGUUGGCUGUGCUAACCAGGAAUUUUAUUAUUCAGUGUUGUAAUUGUAAAGGAAAUAGAUAGCAAGCUUCUUAUAAUUUCACAAUAUAACAAUGUAACUCAGUUUUCAUGAAGACAUUCAGGCAGGAAUAGUUACAUAAAUUUAUGAGAUUGUAUUCAACUUUAAUCUCCUAAUUUAAGAGAGAAACAGUUUGUUGAAGCAGUACUUGUGGGCUGAAGUAUGUUAUUGCCAGUGAGAAGCCUAUAUGACCAGGAAGGAGGAGCAAUAGAAUACAGACCUCAGGGAAGAAGAGACAGUGCAAGACAUGAAAGUAAAUGACUGGAUUAUUAGUGAGGUGUGGAACGGGAAUUUGAGUCCUAAACCUUGACCGAAAGAGAGAGAGAGAGAAAAAAUAAUAGAGUAUAUUAUCCCAUGUGGGAGACACAGAAUACUUAGAACCCAAGAAUGGUUUGUUGCAAAGUGUGCACAAUAUAACAGCAUAGCCUUCUCAUGGAAGCAGUGUAUAUGCUAUGACCACUCAGUGAAACUCUUCACACGAAAAGUGAGCAGCCAUGAUUGUGUUUCAGGUAUACAAUGAUGAAAAUGUUUUCUGUGCUUACUAGAGAACUAUGGAUUUUAAUAACAGAGUUCAGAAAAGAACGAAUGUGCAUCAUUACUGUUGUGAGUACUUCAUUUCCUGUGUGUUUCACCGUAUUCUACAAGACAAGAUAAGGUAAAGUAGAGUGUGCUCUGUUGAUUGUGGAAUUUUCAUUCUGAAUGUUUUGAUGCUUCCAUGAAAUACUACCUUUAACUGGGUUACGUAUUGUUUGUCCCUCCAUGAGUAAAUAGUUAUCCCAGAUAUAUAAAGUUUAAAAUAGUGUAUUAAUUUAUUUCCGGACAUUGAAUACAGUUAAACAGUACUGCAAUGUUUUUUAUGUUUAUACCAAAGGCAUUCGGCACAUAUCGUGUCGUCUUUGUUGCAUCCAGUGUGAAUAAGCAAUAAGCAGUGAAGAGCCACGAUGUACACUGGAAAACAGUUUUCACUGUGUGUAAUGUUAACAACUUUGUAAGCAGUGAUAUAACAUGACUGGUGCUUUUAUAAUAUGACUGCAAAAUGUAUGGGCAUUUUGACAAUGCCUCAGAUAUAUACCCAAAGUUCUAAAAUAGUUAACCUAAUAACUAUUCCAAAGCAAUAAUUACUUCAGUUCUAAAGCUUUAUAUGUAAGAUAUAGAAACCUAUCCAACAGGCUAUUAACCAAAUGUAAUUAUGCAAAGAGUUGUCCCAAAGCAUUUUAAUGUGAAUUGUGAAUAACGGUGAAAACCACAUUUUAUAUAAUAGAGGAUGAUGUUGAAAAAUAUGCAGGUGUAAUGAGCAGAAGAGAUUUGAAACCGUUGAGUGUCUCUCUCCAUGUUCCUAUCUUGUGAAAAUGCACCAUGAUGGCAUUUAGAGUUCCUGCUGUGUAAUGUGGUUUUUCCUUCUGCAUGCCAUUUGCAACAGGGCAGCUUGUUUAAAUGGUUUUCGGUUUCAUUUUUAUGUGUUUUGGCUGUGAUAGUUUAGUUACUCAUUCUUGUUAAGCAUUCAUCAGUAGAUGGGAAAGAUGUGUCAAAUCAAGACUGUACAGACCACAUGCUAUGAGGCACAACAAUGUGUAUUAGGUCACAGAGAUCUUAUUACCCUCUUGGCAGUGAAGGUGAUUCCUGCUGGCUUUUCUCCAGGGAUGUGAGACCUAAGAUUCUCAUGAAGAUGACUCUUAAGAUCACAGUCUUGUUGGAUGUGACACCCUGAAGUUAGGUAGAUAGGUACCAGUGUUCCUCUAACACACUGAUGCCCAUCUACCAAACUACAUGCCAUCACAACCCAACAGAUGGUAAGCUUGAUUCCUUGAAGCAAUCUAAAUACAGUUCAUUGAUUUUAAAAUACCUAGCUUUCAAUGUAUGGCAGGCAGAAGGUUGAAGCACACAGACAAAGCAUAAUUGUUUUUAACAGAAAUUUCAGUGCUUGCAGGGCUUAAUGUAAGAUAAAAUGCUAUUGUGUGGUUAUGGGGUUAUGUGUCACAGAACUGCAGUAUGCUAAACUGGUAAGGAAAUUGUCCUAUAAUAUUGUGUAAGCUGGCUUGUCAAACAAUGUGACAGCAGGCCUAAACUGAAUUUAAGAGUCCUGGGUGCAUUCAACUUCAAUUUGAGCUUCAUAUACUGUUGCUCAGUGGUGGUGUGAUGGUAGGUGAUUCUGUUUUCAUAAUUAUAUGUUAAUGGAGUAAUUCUGGCUAUCAAUAUUGUGAAUGAAUAAUUGUCAUUUUGGAUAGGUGUGUGAAAUUGAAUAUGUUUUUGUAUGGAAAAUAUCUAAUGUAAGUGUGUAAAAUGAAUUUUUGUAAGGCCCCUGAAUAGGGCCAAGAUUUUACUUUCAAAUAAGAGUGGACAAGAGAACAAGGGGCAUCUAUGGAGUUUAUAAAAUUACAAAAAUGCAUAUUUGAAGAAUCAUCAUUAUUGCUCGCAGUAGGUGUGAGAAUAAUGAAGCUCAUUGGCUGUUCUGUAUCUAUGCCACAUAUUGAACACACUCCUUACUUAUAUGUUUCAUGGAAUGACAGGAUGUGGGUUGUAAUACCGGGCCUACAUUACCAUACACACUAAGCACAUAGGAUGCAGGUUGAUAUCCUUCUGCUAAAGAUGGCCUGAUAUGCUGAGGGUGGUUAUGGGAUCCUCAUUGCUGAAAUAAAUACACCAGAUACUGAUAUAAUGAGUGUGCUUUAUGUCCGGAGAGAACCCCAGUAGAUCACUGUGGUUGUGGUGCAAGGGCCAAGAAGGCCCACCCCUUAUACAUUCAUUCAUUAUGUCCAGAGAUAUUUCAGAACAGUGAUAAUUACUCUGCAGUCCAUUUGGAUCAUUAUUAUUUAUCAAUCCUGUUGUCUCGUCUACCUAUUUCUCCACUUUUUCCAAAGCUGUUAAGAACUUUUAACUCAAUUCUUAGGAAGCAGUACAUUAGGUUACAACAUCUUAACAAUGAUAGAUUGACCCAUUCUAAGAGUUCCUUUAAAGUUAAAUCUGUUUUCAUGUUUCUCGGCUGUGCCACCAGAAGCUACUAAGUUUCGUUAUUUGUUUCAGGUUUGCUUUCAUGAAUCGGUUCAGAGAAUGGUAGAAACCUGUGUAAACUCUGCUACAGAACCAGGAGAAAUGAAUAAUCGUUAUAUUCUGCAUUUCUCUUCAGUACUUUAAUAGACUGCAAGAUAAAAGCAAAUUCAGAAUUUCAGUCUCUUGGGUACUAGAUAACUGGGUAAUCAAUGUAGUAAGUAGGCUGAUCUCAACACAAGGCUGCUGCAUUUCUGUUUGCCUCUGUGAUGGUUUUUGCAGCUAUCCAGUGUUGUUAUUUCUUCUGAACCAUAUAUUCCUCCAUUUGCACCCCAGCAGGUAACUGCCACAGUUUCAAAAGCAGAUUCACGACAUGGUUGAUGUCAGGUCAUUGCAUUUGAGAAUGUUGAAAGGUCUUCUCUGACACUCUGUGGCUUCACUGAAUAUUCAGGCAAAUGCCCAAAUGUUGUGCCAUAUUCCAGUGUCAUGGUGGUAACACUUCAUUUUCUGAGUCCAUCAGCCAUUGCCUUUUUGGUUGCCAAACCCACAGAUACUCAUGUUCUUAAAUUUUGUUACCAAGGUUAUUAUAACUGGAGCAAUUUUAACUUUUUAGGGUGAUGUUAAUGCCCUUUGUUUCUUCAUUGAAAUUAAUUGUCCCCCCUUUACGACAGAUGUCACUUCAUGUAUAGUGCAGGUUGUUUAUUUUAAAAAUAUUCUUUGAUUUAAUGCUUUAUUCAUAUGACAAUAACAAUUUAUUUUAUCUUCUUGGUUAGCAACAAUUAUUUGAAAGUGUAAUGACUAAUAUUAUUUGGGACUAAUUAAUCUCCACACCAGACCUGGGAAAUACAUACUUUCAUUCACCCACUAAUGAAUUUGGUUGAGGCAUUAUGUUAUAUCUUUUGAUAAUUUCAGGUUUUGUUCUGAAAACAUGAUAUUCCAUUUGACAUUGCCUAAGAUUGUGUUAUAAUUUUUAAAAAUAAUUUCCCACAGGAUGAUUUUUAAUUCCUGUAUGCAUUUUUAUAUAAAUAUUUUAUUUAUGUUUGUGUAAUUUUGUAUAUCAAGUUUUCUCAUUACAGUCUUUCUGAAGAUGUGCCAUUGUAGUGGGUGUAAAGCAGGGCUUUUAAUUGCAAGCUUGCAAGGUAGCUCAUUUGUGCUCUGGUAAGCAUCUUUAAUGUUCACAGUAUGAAAAUAAUAGUUUACAGUGUUGGAUAUUUUUCUCAAAGAAGGCUUGGGGCAUUGAAACUGGGGGUCAUUUCAGUGCAAACUGGCAGCUUACAUAUAGUGAUGACACAGCAAAAGGGGAACAUCAGACAUUCAGAGCAAUAUAUAUAUCAUCAUCCUCCAUUUUACACAUUUGGCCUUCUGGCCUGCUCGAAUUCAUAGUUAAUAGGUAAUAGCUGAAACUUUAAAGAAGUUAUGAAAUUAUGAAAGUAAUUCAUAUUCAUAUAAUUAAAAUUUGAAUGAGGAUUUGAAUCGCAUCUGAAAAGUCUACCACCAUAUUUGCACAGCCCUUUAUUAGUCAUGGCUGCUGUACAUAUUGGCAAGAGUACAAAGCAAAUUUUAUCAUGUAUAAAAAUGUUCUCUAUUAAGUCUGCAGAGGAAACAAGAAAGUUACAUAUCUUUGUGGUUGAGCUGAACCUCCACACCAUCAUAUAUCUUCAUGACAGGGUGCUUAAUUAAUUAAGUCCAUGUAUAACAAUAUUUUUUUUUACUGGAUAUGUAACAUGUUUUAUUGUUAGUUGAGGCAGUCAAACUAUUGUCACAGGUGGUGGGGAUAAGAGUUGCUUGGAGAGAGAGGCCUGUUCCACCCUCUGUCAUCCUAACCCACCUGCUAGCUCCCUCACCUAACACUGUAGAACUAGUAAUCCAGUCGCAUUAGUGGAGAGUGUGAGUAAAGUAAGGAGAGCGCAGGAAGGGAUGGUAGAUAGGGUGUGAGUGAGUUCCGUGAGGAUUUUUGUGGUUAUGCUGUUUGUUUGUACAUUCACAGUUAUGUUUAAACCAUCUCUAAAUUGCAAUGCUUGCAGUUUACAAUUGAAAGCCACUGUUUUGUAUCAGUCAUCCAACAAGCACUAUCAACAUGGCUGCACCACAACCUGUAAAUAACAUAACAUUGUGCAGGAUGUUAAUGUGGCUCAUAUUGAGCUGUUUCAUAAUGUGUACAGUUUCAAGCCAAUACAAGUGUACAGUAUUUUGUUAUUAAAUCAAUUUUCUAUGUA